AUGCCAUCGAGACUGAAGAGAGCAGACGCAGAGUAUUUUGAUGUAUAUAUCAGCUGCCGGUCAGUUAACGAAUAUGAGAGGGAAUACGCAUCGCAUCUCGGUCGUUGGAUCAUCAUACCGCGUGAUCUCGACCCUCCAAUCGAACCCCGAUCCGCUUCGCGUCUCACCUCCCUCCGCACGCCACGCCUCCCCGAUGGUUCCUCCGCCCCUGCAACCUCCUCCACGCCGCGCGCUCCAACCGCCCCCUCCGCACGCCUCCCCGACGGUUCCUCCACCCCUGCCACCUCCUCCACGCCGCGCGCUCCAGCCGCUUCCCUCUCUCGUGCCAGCCACAUCCGUCUCGCCGUCCUGGAAGCGCCGGCCCUCCGCACCGCCGGCCCUCCACCGUCGUCUGGUCCUCCGCCUCUGCGCGCCCCUGGAACCUCGAACCGCGCGGCUCUCCGCGCCGCCGUCCUCAGGUUCUUUGCGGCGCAGGCGGCGUCCCUGCAGCACCAGAGGGCGGCCCCGUCAUUGUCUUCCCUGCCACUAUCUACCGGCGCCGUCCACCAUCUGCUGUCAUUCUCCACCACGAGGGGUGCCCCUAUUCACCAUCGUGAGAGGGUCCCCGUCCGCCUUACCGAUGUAUUCCCCGUCGCGGGGCCACGCCACCAUCCCCUUCGAGGCUUUCGACCGGUGCAGGUCAGCAGGUGUAGGGGCCGCCCGCGAAAAGAGGCGGACGAGCCGCUGCAGGUGCCCUCUCUCGCUGCACCACCGUAUGACUCCCGCUGCCCCCGCCAGUGCAGAUCGACCAAUCUCAGUCUCCCUGUCAGCUUUGGAGAGAUUCAAUGUGUUUCUGUGGAGCUGGGUGACAUCACGGGAUUCUACAUGAUCGACGAGGAGGGCGUGCUGCAGUCGGUGGACGUCGGCGAGGAAGAGGAGAACGGGGAAACUUUGAUUGGGAGAUGACAACAGUAAUCAUGUGGUGCACCUGAAGGUUCAGUUUGAGGAUAAUUCAGGUCUUUGAUGGGAGGAGUUUGAGUAUGAAUUAAGGGCCAAUACUGCACAGGGAGCAGGCCUCACCUAGAGGCUCCCGGUGUGAAGCUAAGAGGGAUAUGUGGGGAACCUUCCCGGGGGUGUCAAUAGGUUUACUCUUGCUAACCUGUUCAACAAACAAUGAGAGAUCCUGGAAGCGAGGUUCAUCUAUGACAGGGAUACUUCGAGAUCAAGGGGGUUCGGUUUUGUCACAUGUGCCUCUGAUGAAGGGGUUGAGGAUCUGUCGCCGAAUCUUGAUGGCGCUUUUUUUCGUGAGCUGUGAAGCUUCUCCCGGUUAGAGUUCUACACAUGGUUUUUGUUUGGUGAUGAAGUGGUACCGUCUUCAAGAAACAAAUGAAGGAUUGCAUCCUAUGACAUUACAGAAUGUCACCUGUUGUGUCAGUGAGCGCACUUUGACCACUAAACUCCAGUGUCCAAUUCCUUUCAGAUGUCUCCUUAAAACUGGAAACGUUUGCCCAAUCACUGAUAUGAUCCAUUUGGUCCCCCACUUUUUGAUUUUCUACAACAAAAGGAAGGAAUAAUAUGAAGUUCUUUAUCUGAAAGUUUAUCAUUUUGAUAUUUUGCAAAUAAUCUUACGAUGAAGAAGCAUUGCAAACAUGGCCAUUUCGGUACUAAUCUUGGUCCAGUAUGUGUGGAAUGUGUUGGUUUCAUGUUGAAAUGGAGAUAUGCUUGCAGCUGAAGUAAGAAAUUGGCCUCCAACUUUAACUUAUUCAUAUUGUGUUGUGAACCUUUUGGAAGAAGAAAUAAGACAGAAAGGAGAGCAGCAGAUUGCCACAACAACUGAGCUCAAGAGGUCUCACACUAAUUUUUUGUUCUACAAUGAUCUCCCCCUUUGCCUUUUGUUAUGCAUCACUGUAAAUUCUAAACCACCUGUUAUAGUUAUUUUAGUUCAGUGCCAGCCAAAUUUCUGGUUGGCUGAUUUAGAAUUGAUUUA